UCAACGUGCAACAUAAGAUAAAUAUGUCAGAUGUGCAAUGAAUUUGCAUGAAUUGCAAUGACAGUGAAAAGAAAAGAUCCAAGACGUUCUGGGUUUAUAUAGCCUUGCGGUUGGCCUUGCGUUCUGUGCAGAGGUCCUGCCUGAGAUCAACACACUCUACUAGCAUAUUUGUGGCCAGUUCUUUGAUUGGCUGAUAUGAAGGAGGCAGCCAUGUCAUCAGCAUCACUUCCAACACAUUCCAAGGACCUGGUGGAUGGGUCAGAGGACCGGGCGCCCAAAGGACUGAUGAAUGUGGGAGGCCUCACAGUUCUCUGCCUCUGGUACAUGUUCUCUGGUUGCACGCUGUUCCUCAACAAGUACAUUCUGAGCUACCUGAAUGGGGAUCCUACUGUUCUAGGAGUAUGCCAGUUGCUGUUCACCACUGUGUGUGGGUUCAUACAGCUGAAUGUUACACAGUAUUUCACCAAACAGUCUUCCACGAGCAUCAGGUCGCCUACAUUUCUACUGAACAUGCUUGUUGUGGGCAUUCUCAGGUUCGGCACCGUGGUGCUCAGCCUCGUGUCGCUCAAGUUUGUGGCCGUCAGCUUCACGGAGACGGUGAAGAGCUCGGCGCCACUCUUCACCGUCCUCAUCUCGCGCUGCAUGCUCGGCGAGGUGACUGGUGUGCUGGUGAACUGCUCGCUGAUCCCGGUCAUGCUCGGGCUGGCGCUCUGCUCCUCUAACGAGCUCAGUUUCGACAUCCGCGGCUUCACCGCCGCACUCAGCACCAACAUGGUCGAGUGCUGCCAGAACGUCUACUCCAAGAUGCUCAUAUCGGGAGACAAGUACAAGUACACGCCGACGGAGCUGCAGUUUUACACGUCUCUGUCGUCGGUGCUGGUGCAGCUGCCGGUGACGUACUUCCUCGUGGGCCCGGCGCAGCUGCAGACGGUGACGCCCGAGCUGCUGCAGGCGCUGGCGCUCAACGGCGUCGUGUUCCACCUGCAGAGCUUCACCGCCUACAUCCUGAUGGGCUACAUCAGCCCCGUCACGUACAGUGUGGCCAACACGCUGAAGCGGGCUCUGCUCAUCUGGUUCUCGGUGGUGAUAUUCGGUAACCCGGUGACGCUGCUGAGCGCGGUCGGUACCGCCAUCGUGUUGGUCGGCGUGCUCUGCUACAACCGGGCGCAGCAGUACGAGGCGGCCGCCGGCGCCCCGCCACUACCGCCGGCUGGGGAGCCCGAGGCGGUGACCGUGGAACGGUAGGGCUCGGCCGCCCCCGCCGGUGGGGCACGUUAGGUUCUCUUUGGAACGAUAGAGUCCCCCCCCCCCUGGUGGGGUAUGGGGCGGUCACCGUAUAACGCCGGGGUCUGAUGCUCCGCCGCUGGACGGCAGGACAGUCCCCUGCCGAGUGACCCGCCGGUCAGGGGUGUGCGGCAGCUCAGUGGCGCCGCGGGCAAUACGAGUAUCAGUUCCGGCUGUGAUGUCACAGAGGCUAUCCCAGAGGACCAGCUGAACAUUGGGAGUAAGAUGUCCUCGGCCGCCGAUAUCUACUAACACGCUGGCCGUAUUGACCCGAGGAUCUUAGGUGAGCCUGUGUUUCACUGGAGAAGUUAUCUCACAGUGUUGUCGGUAGGUGUGAAUACCGGUGCUGAAUUUGCUAUGUAGUUGUGGCUUGCAAGUGAUUGCAAGAUAUUUUGAUAAGGUGCUUGGUAAUUGUUUGAUUUUCUGUACCAAGUUUCAUUGAAGGUUGUGACAAUCCUUUUGCAUGACACCUGGUGGUCUUCCGGAUUGCUGUUAUUGCGUAUAUAUUGCAAUGUCAUCCUUCAGUCUACCUUUAUUGUACGAAAAGCUACCUUCUUCUACCCCCGCUGAUAUCACAAGCUGAAAACUAAUGCCACCAUCGAAAAGAGACUUCUUCAUUUUUUAUUUGUGACUACCUAUAAAUUGUCAUCGCUCCUUUUUUGCGCGUUCGUUUUUCUUUACCACCAACACAUUUUUCAUUUCGUUAUGCCUAUAUACGAACUUAGUGGCGGAAGAUAUCAAUUCCAGUGCCGAAACACGCCACGUAUCCCUCGUCUGGGAAUUCAGCCGAAGAAAAUUGAAUGUUUUCUCAUCCAGGACCAAGGCUUUGUGGCUACAAUUCACGAGAUGUAUUUCCUGGAGCGUUUGAUAUGUACUGUCCCUGUGAGGGUGUGUUUCUAUUAGUAGUUUAUGGUAGUUUAUAUUAUACACUAUACACUGCAUGUACUUAGACACCAAAAGUACAUUCAAAUUGUGAUAAAUUUUUGAAAGCCAAAGCCGAGCUUUCGAAAGUGUCUAAUGUCGAUUUAUAAUUUCACUUUUUGGCUCGCUCCUGAAUAGCUGGUUGAAGUUGUUAUCUGGGGAUCGGUCGACUUGUUAACCGAUGACAUCAGGAUGGAUUGCUUCUCACCAAAUAUGUUGCUGCCUGGAUGUCAUUAUUCAUUUGGGUUUUGUAGAUGAUUCCCAACGCCUUACUUAUCCUCGGUCUCCUCUUCCAUGACAUAGAUAUAAAUUGGGGAUUCUCGUCGAACAUAGUCGUGAUUCAGUGAUUUAAUCCGGUGAUACACAUCAAUAUCGUAUAUAUCGCUUACGUUGCAAUAGACGUGCCGCCUAUAAUGGCACAGUUGUUUAUAGUUUUGGUUAUUAAUUCGGCCAACUAGCCGUGUCGACCGCAGCUUUGUUUUAUAUGACUUUGUUAACGUUAUGUGGGCUAUUGAUGUCUGCGUGAUAUUAACAGUAUUUCCGGACGAUCGUUAAAAAUGUUGUUUUGAUUAGCAAUUAUAUUUAAGUCCGCACGUGUUAAGUUUCAAGUUUGUAUCUUGUGAUUUCACGUUUUAGCAGUCUGUCCACAGUCUGCGGUAGCGGAGAGGUCCCUGCCGGCUGGCGUGCUGCAAAGGCCCCUGCUGGGCUGGGUUUGUGACACUGUGUCGGGAUGGGGGGUGCAGUUGGGCACGUGCCGUGUCCCGUCCGUGACGAACAAAGCCGUGACUUCUGACGGCACGAGUCGAGACACGUGACCGGAGGGCGAGGCCGGGGGACCAGCGUUAUUGGGGGAGGUGUGUGAUUGUAAUGCAGAACGUGCAAUAUUGCUGCGCGCUGGAGAGCUGAUGAACCAUUCCAGUUUGCUGCGUUCGCGAGGACGUUUGUGAAGGAAUGUUUUGUGUAAGCAAGCAAUUUCGAUGGUUUGUGUCCUCCCUCAUGCUGUGCGGGAUUGUUCUGUAUUCGCGAUGUUGCAGCUAUGCGCUGUUCAUUGCAGAAAUUAAACGUUUGUUUCCACCAAAGGUGUACACUGACCACUGUACACCAGACGCAAUGUUAAAUCAUCCAUUUUGAAGAUGGGCUGAAUACACUGACGGGAGCUGGG